GUAGAAAAAAUAACUGGCCACCUCUUCCUGAGAAUUUUCCAGUAGGUCCUUGUUUCUACCAGGACUUUUCUGUAGACAUUCCUGUAGAAUUCCAGAAGACAGUAAAGGUUAUGUACUACCUGUGGAUGUUCCAUACCGUGACACUGUUUCUUAAUAUCUUUGGAUGUUUGGCCUGGUUUUAUGUUGAUUCUACACGAGGAGUUGAUUUUGGAUUGAGUAUUCUCUGGUUCUUGCUUUUUACCCCUUGUUCUUUUGUCUGCUGGUACAGACCACUUUAUGGAGCUUUCAGGAGUGACAGUUCAUUCAGGUUCUUUGUGUUCUUCUUUGUAUAUAUCUGUCAGUUUGCUGUACAUGUACUUCAAGCUGCAGGAUUUCAAAGAUGGGGAAACUGUGGGUGGAUUUCAUCUCUUACUGGUCUGAAUAAGAGUAUUCCUGUUGGCAUUAUGAUGAUAAUCAUAGCUGCACUUUUCACAGCAUCUGCUGUUAUCUCAUUAGUUAUGUUUAAAAAGGUGCAUGGUCUCUACCGCACAACCGGUGCCAGUUUUGAGAAGGCGCAGCAGGAGUUUGCCACAGGAGUGAUGUCCAACAAAACUGUACAGACUGCUGCAGCCAACGCCGCAUCGACAGCAGCAACCAGCGCAGCUCAGAACGCAUUCAAG